UGGAGAAGAAUGACAAAUAUUUUACGACAGGACGUAUUCACCGGUUGUCAGAGCAACACCCUACCGCCGCUGUUGAGUUACAUUAGCAAGUAUAGCCAUUUACAUCAAAGGAACGUGGUAUCCGAGGGAAUUGCUGCAACUACUCAGUUUGUUACUUUGUGUAUAUAUCUUUGUGCAACGAGUUAUAACAUGUUGACUUGCAUCAGUCGUUUCAGAGCGCACCACCACCAUUGUGGUGAAUAGGAAGACGUUUGAGAAAGUCAUGCAGCAUCAAAUCGAUUGCUGAGAAUUCAGUGUUCACGACAUCUUUCAAGAAAACUCAAUGUCCAUUUUCUAAACGAACGAGCCCUGUUGCCUUUUGGAUGCACGUAGCAACAUACACCAAACAGGCCUAAUCAGAGACCUACAUUCCAUGCCUGUGGUCCUGUGCUAAGCACUAAAAGCCAGCCAAUGAUGCUAACCUUCACCACCCCUGAAGCAGAGGAGGAAGCCUGUUGCCGGGACUCCCCGCAGAAACCUAGACCUCAAUUCACCCACUCAUGCCUGUGAUCCCUAUCCCUCGGCGAGUGCGCAGCUUCCAUGGCCCCCACACCACCUGCAUGCACUCGGCCUGCGGGCCGGCGCGCACCACCCAGCUCGUGCGCACCAAGUACAACAACUUUGACCUGUACCUGCGCUCGCGCUGCAUGUACGGCUUCCUGCGCUUCCUGCUCUACUUUGGCUGCAGCCUUCUGACCUCCCUCCUCUGGGUGUCGCUGUCUGCUCUCUUCUGCCUGCAGUACGUGAGCGCGCGCCUUUUCCUGCGGCUGCAGUACAAGCUGUCCGUGAUCCUGCUGUUGCUAGGACACCGGCGCUUUGACUUUGGGGUGCUCAACAACCUGUUCAUCUACAGUAUGCAGGUCACAAUGUUCCUGGUGGGAGGCCUGGGCUGGUGCUUCUUGGUGUUUGUGGACAUGUAGCGUCUGGUUACAACAGACCAUGGAUCACUGUUUUAUGCCAAUGUCAGACAUCCACCUGAGUGAUGCACGGCAGCCAUUUUGUACCAAAACACUACACACAGCAGCAGUUGUGAUGAAGGCGUGAGGAUGACCAGGAAUAAAAGGUGGACAGAUUAUAUAGUGCAGGGAUUCAUGAAAGACCAGACAAUCAUACUUUUUUUCACAAACACACACAGAAAAGUAUGUGGACAGCCCUUCAAAUUAGUGGAUUUGGCUAUUUCAGGAUCACCCUUUGCUGACAGUUGUAUAAAAUCAAGCACACAGCCAUGCAAUCUCC